UAGAUGCUUUGGAAGUGACAUCCCAUCCCUCAAAGAUUAACCACAAUAUUUUACUCCCCCAAAUGAAAAGAUUAACUGCAAUCCUGUCAGCUUCUGUUAUCCUCCAAAGAAAAGUAGAUUCCAUUCCCUCUCAUUUUAACCUUAACACCAGACACAGAAACAGAGACCUCCCAUGAGACCCAAUCCAUGUGGGCCACCACCCACCUCCCAUUGCUUCCACCACACAACAACUGCUUACAAAUUCCACAAAGACCAGAGAUGAAAGAAGAAAUAAAUCUAAUGAACCCACCACCUCCUCCACAAGCCCUUCCCCUUCCUCCCUACUCAUAAACCUCCAUCCUCCACUCCCCUCCCCCUCAGGAAACCCAAAGCCAUGGACUGGUACUCUUGGCUCUCCAAAUCCAAUCUUGAACAUGGCCUUAUCUAUGAGUAUUCGCUCCUUUUCUCCCAUAAUGAGCUUGAGGAAGAGGACAUCAUCCACUUCAACCAUGAGUUCCUCCAAAGCAUGGGGAUCUCCAUAGCCAAGCACAGGCUUGAGAUACUCAAGCUAGCCAAGAAGUCCAACUCUCCACAGCCGGUCGCUAGGCUCCUCGCUGCGAUGAAGAAGACCAAAAAGUUCCUGGCCAAGUACAUCCACUCGUUGGUCCGUCGAGAGAAUUCGGCCAUCGUGGUCGUCCCAAGGCCUUCAUACGGUGGUGCAAGGUGGAAGGGAACCAUGCUGAAGAGGAACAAGAGGCUGGCGCUACUGAAGCAGGGAAGGCUGAUGCUCACCGAGGGCAGUGUCAAGGUUGCCAGACCAAACUCUGUCACGCAUAGCGCAAGCCCGGUGGCGUACAACAAUCGGGAAGGUGAGAAAGGUGGUGAUAAAGAUGGAUGUUGGGGGAGCAGCACCGAGGCGAUCAGGUGGGACUCCAUGUUUCAGGACUUGAAGCCAACUUAAGCACAUGGAGAAGAGCUUUUCCUAGUGUCUUUCAGCAGGCUUUUGUGCCUUGGCUUUUCAGGAGCCAUGAGAGUGCUUUACUUUGGAGGUUUGUCCACUUUGCAUUUGUGCUUUGCUUUGGUUGUUUGGUUUUCUGAUUGUGAGGAAGAUAACAAAAUCUCAAAGUUGUGGGAGAAAUGAUUAGAGGUUAGGUAUACAUGUAUGAACAUAUGUAUGCAUGCAAUAUAAGGGGGAAAGGUCUGUUCUCAUGAA